AUGCCUCGUCCAGCACGGCGUGCAGGGGGUGCUCCUGCACAGCAUGAGGCUUCCGCAACUACGCCUACGAGGACCGGUGCUACCAAUCCCAUAACCGCUACGAUUCCUCCUUCUAUGCUUGAGACACCAACUGGGCCACGUUUUCAGAACACACCACAGUCUGCUCCUCGACCUUUGGAUCUUACCUCAAGCGUUCCAGAAGCUGCGAGGUCUGGAAGACUUCGACGCCAACAACACGCUGACUUAUUGGAUCAACCAGAUACAGACCACGAUACGCCAGGCAAUACUGUGGAGGAACGGCAGCCCAGUGGACAGAGCAAUCUUCCAGCACAUCUGCUCUCUUCUGCAGACGAAGACACUUUUAAUGAGGAUGAGACCUCACUAGUAGAAUCAGUGCAGCACAAUGCAGAAGACCACAAGAGCCUUGCUGGAUUGCGAGAUAUUUCCUCCUUAGCCACCUGGACACUUUCCUCGGCAAAGCCAGGAUGUGCUUUGGCUCAACUCAGAAAUCCUAGUCCCUCACAAUUCUGGCAGAGUGAUGGCCCUCAACCCCACACUUUGUCCCUCCACUUCUUCAAGCUGGUCUCGAUAGUGAAGAUGCGUAUCUAUCUAGACUUCAAGUUGGACGAAUCAUACACACCCACCAAGAUGAAGUUCUAUGCAGGAAUGUCGGAAGGAGGUCUGGUUGAAUUUGCGACAUGGGAAGUUGAAGAAACGAUAGAUGAGACGACGGGCGAGAUGAGUAGCAAUGUAGGGAAAAUCAGGGGCUGGAUUGACAUAUCGUUGAAAGGUGUGGGUGGUAGAGAACAGAAGUACUAUGAUGACCAGGAACGCCGAAGAGCAAGAGCCUAUGAGCGAAAGAUGCAGUUGCAAGAGCACGGAGACACGAGUAUGAUGGACUUGGAAGACGACGAGGAUGAAGAUGAUCUCGUAGGAGGUGAUGUUUUGAGGGCAAUGAUUGUGCAAGUCAGAAUCUGUGAAAAUCACCAGAACGGCAAGGACACACAUUUGAGGGGGUUUCAGGUGUUUGCUAGGGACGAGUCGAGUGCUAAGGAGAUGAGAAAGCUGGUGAAGAGGCCAAAGCAGCGAGCCAAGAAGAAGGGAGGAGCUGAAGAUGCUGAUGAAGAGGGUCUUAUCGGGCUACAACCUGCAGAAUGGAUGGGCGAACCCGAUAUUCGAUGA